AUGACUUCGCUCACGGAAAUGGAGCUCUUGAAGGAGUUCUUGGUUGAUCGAACAAAUUUUAAAGAAUGCAUCAGUUUUGCCAGAUUUAAAAAGAUGUUCCCUAAAGGGAUCUCUGAGAUUGCAGUUAAAAAUGUUUACAAACACUUAAAGAGAAUAAACCACAGAAAUAGACAAAACCUUGAAAAUGUGAUUACCCAAGAUAAGUCAAAUUCAAAUCUUAAUAAGGUGCCAUCAAGCCUAUUUAGCCAAACAGAAGACAUAGAGAAAGUUAUCAAAAAUUUAAAUGAUCUUGACAGUAUAAUUGACGUUGAACUGCAAAGAAUUACGAAAGAACGCGAAGAGGAGCUUUUGAAGCUCAAAUCAAUUACCAAUAAUCUUAAUGAACAAAACAUAGAAAAUGAUACAUCUGAAGAAUUCAGUGGGAGUUCUACGAUUGGUGAUAUAAGCAAUGAAUUACAAAUUUUACUAAAAGAAUGA